CCUCAGAGCAUCUGCCACUGACAGGGCUGCUUUAGUUCAUCUCAAUAUCUUCUAGCAAUAAAACAGGAAAAUUCUGCAGAUUAAACCUCAAGCUAAUGUCACGAUUAUAUUUGUCAUCAAACAAAAACAGCCAGGAUUUUAGAUGUGGAGCUGGCUGUGAAUCUCCAAUGUCGGGAAGGAAUUUUUUUAACCUCUCAGGGCAGCUUUAAUGCUUCGGGUGGUGCCAGCCCAAACUCCCCUUUCCCCAUCAACAGGAGAUUUUAGGGGUGACCGAGGCAGGGGGAUGGAGCCCUCCUGCCCUGGCAGAGGGGCUGGGGUGGCUCUGACACUCUCGGGAGGGAUUUCUGUCUGCAGCAGCCUCAGACACAAACACCUCUGCAGCUGGGGACAGAGUGAGCGGCUCCAGCUCAGCCCGAGGGGUUUCACAUUAACAAAUUCAGUGGUACCAAAGGUUGUGAUUGCAUUUUCUGAGCUGUCAGUCCUUGUGCUGCAAAGCUGGGCAGUGCCUGCUCUGCUCAGGGCUCACACUUUGAUUUGCUGCAGGGACACCCUAAAUGCAAACAAGGGCAGGGACAUUUAUUCGGGUAAAUGGGAAUGCCUGAAAAACCUCAUUUUCCAAUUCCAUCCUCCCCAGCAAUCCAAAGACGACGAGCUCAGCAUCCAACUGCUCAGCUCUGACCUGCUGGAGGAAUUCAAGGGGAGCCUCGGCUGCCAGGCGGUGUCGGAGCUGAUGGGGUUCUACAUGGAGGAGGUGCUGCCCAGCGCCAUCAGCGCCAGCGCGCAGCACCAGCGCAGCGUGGGCGACCUGGGCAACCUGCUGCUGAGCCUGAGGGGCAUGAUGAGGAGAUGUCACAGGUUCUUCACGUGCGAGGAGAGGAGCAAGAGCAUGAAGAACAUCAAGGAGACCUUCAGCAAGAUGCACAGGAACGGGAUCUACAAAGCCAUGGGAGAGUUUGACAUCUUCAUCAACUACAUUGAAAAAUAUUUAACAAUGAAGAGAAGGCACUGAGAGCACCCCUGGGUCUGCAUUUUCCACACCCAAACUCCUGCUACUUGUUUAAAAAUCACUUUAGGCUGCAAGAGCUCAAAUUAAGUUAUCUCAAGGUUCAGAUCAAGAGUUAUAGGUCAAUAACUUCCAGCUUAAUAUUGUAUUUAAGGGUUAUUUUUAUAAUAGUUGAAUUUAUUAUUUAUUACUUCUAAUACCUCAGUGUUGAUGUUUACAGUAUGUUUUGAAAAAAGGAGCAAUGAGCUUGUAAAUUAUUAUUUAUUGUUCAAUAUUUUAAUAUUGUUUAUCGUAGUGCUAUUUUAUUCACAGCUUCAAAACAUCCAAAGCAGCGUUUUUCUGGAGGGCAGACAAUGAGCUGAGCUUAUCCUGAGGGAAUUCCACUCCUGAUUAGGAGCAAGGCCAGCUCUGAGUUCGACAAAAUUGAAUUUUAGGCAAAUAACUCUCACCUCAUAUCCUACAUUUCUAUUUAUUUAUGCAAUCAGUUUUAUGCUUAGGAGGAGAAAAAGCCACAGCAACAGCUUGGUUGACUCCACUUUAGAUUUCAGAUUAGUCCUGACUAAAUGUAAAAAAUCAGCAAUAGGAAUGAAAUGUUUGGUUCUAAUAGAACUUGAGUUAACUAUUGCUCAGUAUCUGCCUUCCAGAGCUGCUGGAUCAGCCACUCUGCACUUUCCAAAGUUAACUUUACUAUUUUCCAGUCUCUGAUUGGGUUUUACUCACUGUUUCACUGCUGUUUUCUUUGACAAGUUAGAGCAUAUUUAAUUAACCACCAUUUUAAGGUGGCUCAGGUAAUUUGCAUUCAAAUCCCUGGGGUUGCUCCCGUGCCAGUGCUGGGAUUGGAUUUUUAAUCCCCAGCAGCAGCAGGAGCAGCUUCAGUGCCCCCAAAAGUGGCAGAUUUGGGGCUCAGCUCCCUCCUCACCCCAGGACACUGAGCCAGAGGAAAAUGCCACCACCCCCAGAGAGGCUUUCACUUCUAAUAUUUAGGAGUGGAAGGGCCCCCACCCGGUGAAACUCUGCCAGUUUGGUGUUUGCUGUGCAAGCCCCAGCUGAGGAGAGGUUCUUUACACCCGGUUUGUUCUUUGUGGACGUUCCUGGCGGGGCAGGGAAUUCCUGCAGGCAGGAAUUGGGAAUGGCAGGGCAGGAGUGCUGCUGCACAGCUCGCUCCUCCUGCUGACAGCUCAGCCUCAAGGGCAGCCAAAGAGUGUCAGAGUUAAAUUAAUUAAGCUCCUUACCAGGGCUCAUUCAGCUCUUGUUGAGCCAAUUCUGGUUUUCCCUCCAAACACCUUUGAGCUGUGGGACAAUACCAGCACCUGCCACUGGAUGAACGUUCACUGUGUAUCUGUAUGAAGGGAAAUCCUUUAUUUUUGCUAAUAAAGACUCCUUAAUGA